AUGCAGAGAUUAAAACGGCUUCUGCAGAGGAAACGUCCUAAAAGGGACGAAGUUCAAAGGGACGAACAGAGUCCUGCUCAGGUACCUCUUCCGACACCCGUUGUCACCGAUAGCCCAAAGACUCCCUCUCUAUCUGACCUCGAGCGACUUCCUUUUGAGAUCAGAAACGGGUUUUUGCUUGCCAUAGACUCCAUAACAGAUCUCUCUGCCUUAGUUCAUGCAUCUCCCACCUUUCAUGAACAAUACCGACUUGACCGAGCGUUUUGGCUUUGGCAUUGCUUACAGCUGGAAAUGGGCCAUGUUUUUGUUGAUGCCUACAUCGCCAACCAAUGCAACUCUCCCGAGUUUCGCUUGAAACGCAACCGGGAAAGGGUUUUAUUAUUCAUUGAGGAUUACAAGUCGCAUCGCUCAAUGAUCACUGAGGUACUUACUAAAUGCCCGGACGAGGAUGAGAUGUUGAGCAUCGCCGCUUUCCAUUCUUCCGUCAUUCGCCCACUAAUGAAUCACUAUGUCUCCUGGGCUCACGGAAAUAUGGAGCUUCUCUCAACACCAAAGGACAUCAGCCGCACAGAGGAAAGGCGCAUAAUGCGGGGCUUUUACCGCUUCCAAAUAUUCAGUAACCUCUUUGGAGCCGUCAAAGACGUAGAUCAUGGAGAGAGCUUCCUUGGAUCUGAAGAAAGACUUUCUCUCUUCCUAGCUGAUUUUAUGGCAUGGGAGAUUGAGGAAAUGCUGUGCAUCAACGCCUUUGUGCAGGCCAAGUAUGAAAGUGUGUUUCAGGCCAUCCAAUGGGACUUGCAUCCUGAUAACCCGUCGUUCGAUUCCUCAAGGACCGGCCCACAUACACCCCCCGGCGCAUUCCACCUUGCUAAUCAUAUGUCCUCGGAAUGGUACAGGAACGGCAUGGUCUCAAGGGGGCUUUGCGUUCUGUCCUCCGUAUUCAAGGCUCAGGGCCAUCUAAAACUGGUCGAAGUAGUCUCGGAGGAGAUUGUGGCGGUCGUGGACGAUCUGCUUUUCCGGAGCACUCUAUCUUAUUAUCAAGAAGCGAGACGUGAGAACCAGCACUCUGACAGGGAUCAAGCCCAGGACGACCGUGAGAAGAUGGUCUUCAGCAGGGACAGUGAUGGCUCGCCUCCAUUAGCAUGGGUAAUCUUUUGGAAAGAGACAUACAGCAAUCUCUUCGGCGAUUUUAUACCACAGUCUUUGCGUCAGUGGGGAUAUGUUAUGUGGGACAGCGAUCGGUUAGUCAACACUGAUGCUGUUGCUAGACUUGAUCAGGCUUGGAAAGAUAUGUAUACGGAGCCCGUUCACUACGAGGCGCCGGGAGAUCCGAGGGAUGAGAUGUUGGCUUAUCACUGA